CUGAUCUUCCACCUUGUUCAUACUCAUACUCUCGUCCAGUAUACAACUUCAUCCAAGACAAGACGGUUGUCCUCAGUCGUUCCAAAUCUGAACUGCGUCUGGCCAUCUUUCGCAGUGGCCGACCGGUGAGGAGAGACGAGCACAAUACCGAUCCUUGAACAGUUGCCAUUGGAUUGAGCCAAGGGGAUAUUUUUAGUCUGACAAGAAGCAAUGAUGUCAGCUGCAUCGAAGAAGUUCUCCGCAAUAUUGCAACAUGGGAAAAGCUGGUUUGUGAACCGUGAGGAAGAAGUGCCGAAAUUAUGGAUCGCCAAAUUGAGCUAGAGAACAUACUACUUUAUGAAGAUUUAGAGCCCAGGGCUCUGUCAUACCAACUUUUGAAGAAAAUCACAAAAGAUUUUUCUGAUAUGUUGGAAAUUGGAAGAGGUGGCUUCGCAGUGGUUUAUAAGGCAAUACUUGAUAAUGGUGUUGUCGCUGUAAAGAGACUGUCAAGCACAUACAUGCACGAAGAAAUGUUUCAAGGAGAGGUUAAGUGUCUCAUGAAGGCGAAGCACAAGAAUAUUGUACGAUUCCUAGGAUAUUGUUCGGAUACACAGGGAAAUAUGGAAAUCUAUGAAGGGAAAUGGGUUAUGGGAGAUUUACAAAAAAGGUUGCUUUGCUUUGAAUAUCUACCUAAGGGAAGUCUUGAUCAUUAUAUAAAAUAUUCAUCUGCAGAUAUUGGCUGGACAAAAUGCUACAAUAUAAUAAAGGGAGUCUGUGAGGGGUUAAAUUAUCUUCACGAGAAAAAUAUUAUGCACUUAGACUUGAAACCCGGAAAUAUAUUGUUGGAUGAAGAUAUGAUGCCGAAAAUUAGUGAUUUUGGACAAUCAAGGUGUUUUGAGGAAGACCAAACACGUGUCACUACUAAACAUGUAGCUGGAACCAGGGGAUAUAUUCCACCAGAAUGCUUGAGCGGUGAAAAAGUCACAAUAACACACAAGUUUGACUUGUAUAGUCUUGGUGCUAUAAUAAAAGAAAUGUUGACGGGAGAGAAAGGGCAAAUUACUAUCGAGAAUGUACUUGAAAUUUGGAGUGAUACGAAGUUGGAUGCACUACAGUGGGAACAAAUACGAGAAUGUGCUAUGAUUGGGAUAGAGUGCACAGAUUUUGAUCAGGCAAAGCGACCAGCUAGUGUGAAGCAUAUAAUCAAUAGGCUUGCUGAAAUAGAAUGUACUAUGCAAAUCCCUGAAUAUGAGACAAGCGAGCUUCUUCUCCUUCAACAGUUCACACUUUGCUUCCCCUUUGAACCCAACAAGGUUAUCACAUGCCCUCUGCCGUUAACAAACAAUACCGACAAUCUCGUUGCAUUUAGGCUGAUGGACAAAAGCAUGGAGUCCUCCUUCUUAAGGCUGCCACUGUAUGGCCUUGUGCAGCCUAACACCCCUUACACUCUUAUGGUCACAACACGACAGAAAGAAGAACUACCAAGAAAGCGUAUCGCAGAUGUGAUCCUCCACAUUGGUACAUUAAUAUUGGGGGAUGAUAAGCAUAUAAACACUUUCCAAGGUGAGCCAGACAAGUUUUUUCAAGAGAUGGGGGAUGCGGUGCGUGAGGUGAAACUGAAAGCACUUUAUACUCAGCGACAAUAUAAGGCAACAUCGCCGUCUAAGCCAGUCUCGCCCGCAGUCAAGAUAAUACCCAAGAUAGAAGGCGUCGGUCAAUACUCCUUGGAUACAAACCAGGCCAAGCCGUGGAUAAUGAUAGGAGAAGAAAAUGGAUACAUUCGCUUUUGGGACUAUCAGACACAGAAAAGAGUGAAUUCGCUUAAAGUCCAGGCGACAAAGGUUAGGUGUGUUAGGUUUAUGGAACGAGAGAAAUGGAUUGUUGCUGGCACAGAAGAUGGUUACGUCCAUGUGUACAGCUACGAGCCAGAGAUCCAAUAUAUCAAAAGUUUCAGCGUUACCGAUGACGUUGGAAAAAAACUAAGUAUCGGGGGUCCAACGGUUAUGAAUCUCACGUACCAGAGUCUCUGUUUACUGGCCGUUCACCCAACCCAUCCGUAUUUGCUGUCAGGGGAUAGAAACUACAUGCAACUUUGGUACUGCGACAAGGAUUGGGAGUGCGUGUUGACAUAUUGUGUUCAAAAUGUAGUACUGACUCCACUUAUGGAGAUAACAGAUGCCACAUUUAACACAAAUGGCACCUUUGCUACUGCUUCAACACGUACUCAUGGUAGGUCUUCACCCACUAAAGAAUACACUGUGGAGGUUUGGAGCUUCAAGUCUCCCAAAUCUAUAUGCACUCUGCGUGGGCACUCGAAAUCAGUGAACUGCCUGGCUUUCUUCACAUGUCACGACCAAGAGUUUUUGGUUACAGGCUCAGAUGAUCAUACUGCCAAGAUAUGGUAUUUGCAGAAGGAGAUAUGUGCACAUACACUUGAAGCUUCCGUAUCUCCGGUUAGGUCUGCCCUGUACCAGCCCAAUGUACAGACUCUAAUUAUAGGAACAGAAGAUGGUGCUAUUUAUUUGUGGAGCACCAUAAAUUGCAGGACAUAUUCAUGCCCGCCGACGCUUUCAAGAAUCAUCAAUAUUGGUUGUGAUGGAGCUGUCUACCAUCUCGCUCGUGCGAUGGGAAGCAUUGUGAUUGGAAAAGGAAACACAAUAGCAAUUAUGGAAUUCGAUAAUACGAAUUAUCAGGAGCAAUCAUCGGAUUACAAUAAGCAACAGUUAACUGCAGAUACGAGACAACAUUCCAGACACACAACAUAUAAGGAAACUACAGGGUCCAUGAACAAGCUACCUAUACUUCAUGUCGAGGCGAUUAAACUCUGCUUCCCUUUUCUUCCAAAUCAGCCCAUCCCAUGCCCACUGGACCUAAGAAACAACACGGAUGAAAAAUACAAGGUCAAUCAGGAAUCCAGUGAUUUAUCUGUUUUGCAGGAAUCAAAAUUUACAGGGUUCAUCAGCAAGCUACCUAUGCUUCACGUCCAGCCAUUGGAGCUUUGCUUCCCUUAUCAUCCCAAUGAGUCCAUCUCAUGCUCACUAGGCCUAACAAACAACACCAAUGAAAAUAUGGCAUUUAGACUUGUAGACAAGAGCGGCAAGUCCCCAUGGUGCUUCACAAAGAUGCCGUUGUAUGGCAUUGUGCCUGGCAGAUCCACAUACACGUUGAUUGUGACAACCAAAGAGGAGAUGAAGCUAGAGGAACAAACAGACUUUGAUCUCGUUAUUCAAAGCAGUUUAUCGGGAGAUGAGUUCCGCAUGGUAUUCGGAAACCAAUCCGAGUCUAAUCGAUUUUUUGAGGAAGCUAAAGAAUCUGGGAAAAUGGUGCACGAGGUGAUAUUGAAAGCUGUUUAUCUACAGUAUGAAGAGAUGACAUUUGAGGAUCAAAAUAUAUCGGUGAACUACAAUCUUGACGAUUUGUGGUCAAUAGAUGCACAUCCAACGGAGCCAUGGAUUUUAACAGGUCAUAGAAGUGGAUAUGCUAUAGUAUGGGAUCAUGAGAUGAAGUUUCCCGUGAAUUCAUUUAAAGUCUCUGAGCAUGGAGUAAGCUUGGUUAAGUUUAUUGCAAGAAAGGAGCUGAUUUUAGCUGGGACACGUGAUGGCUGCCUCCAUAUGUACGACUGUGCAUGUGUAACAAAAAUCGAAAAGAUACACGAGACCGGCGAUCCAAUACUAGCCGUUCAUCCAAGCCUAACACGUGUGUUGUUUGUGUCACUUAUUAGUGUUAUAGUGCUUGUAGACUGGGACCUGGGCUGGAAACAGAAACAAAUAUUUUGGGCUACUCCUGACCUAAGUACAGCCGCAUUUAACCCAGAGGACGACACCAGUUUUGUGGGUGGGUUUAAACAUGGAGAAUUACAGGUUUGGAAGCUGGAUUCCAAGAAUUCUGAAUAUUCUUUGACUGGGCAUUCUGGUAUUGUGAACUGCGUUGGUUUUAUCAGAUGUGGAGAUCAACACAAUUUGGUCAGUGGCUCUAUGGAUUGCACUGCCAAGAUCUGGGACUUGAAGAAAAGGGAGUGCAUUCAUACGUUGCAGGCUUUGUCUCCAGUUCGUUGUGUCCUUGCCCAUUCAAACUCUCCAAUUCUGAUUACAGGAACAGAACAUGGUCUAAUCCAUGUGUGGAGCUCCACUGAUUUCAGGCUCAAGAGAACCAUUAACCUAGGCGGUGGUGGACCUGUUAUCGGUCUCGCUUGUUUGAUGGACACACAAAGGGUUGUGAUUGGACAAAACAAUGCAAUGUCUAGCAUGGAAAUCCUUAGUGACGGAUCAAUUCCGAAACGCGAAACCUUUUCUACACCUGAUCCGACCUGGUUACCUACAAAUGCUACCGACUUGCUUAGGGCGCACUAUAGAGGGCAACGACGGCAGGAAAAGAAAGGAAAACAACCGGAUACUGUCAGUCUAAGUACUGUGGAGCAGACACAACCAUGGUCUCCACCCCAUGUGGGCUGGCUCAAAGUAAACGUGGACGGUGUGUUUGAUGGACAUAGCGGAACGGGAGGUGUAGGAAUUGUUGUCAGGGAUCAUCAGGGUGCAAUUGUGCUAACUUCAUGGUCAUGGAUCAAGCAAGCUACUGGCCCCGAGCAGGUUGAAUCUGUUGCCUGCAGAGAGGGUCUUCGCCUCGCGGCUGAGUGGACACGCCUGCCCAUAGUGUUGGAAUCAGGCUGCCUGUCAAUUGUGAAUUGCCUCAAAAGCUCCGAGGUUCCUUAUCCUGAAGAUGCUUUCAUCCUUAGGGAAGCCCAGCAUUUUCGAGAGGUCCUACCUGAGUUAGAUUAUUGUCACGGAAGGAGAGAACAAAACAUGGUAGCACAUGAACUCGCACAGCUAGCUAAACGAACAAAGCAUAGUGCAGUAUGGCACCGUGUAGCCCCUACAUGUGUGGUGAAAUUGGUUGCUCACGAUAGUAACUUUGGCCAUGAUAGGUAGUUUUAACUAUGCCCAGGCUGAGAUUAUCAUCAGGACCAACCAUUUACUACACUUUGCUUGUUAUUUCAAAGGGAUAACCAAACAAACAGCAAGGGAAAGCUUGUAUUUCUAUCUCUUAUUCAUCUAUUUUUUUAUGA